AUGAUGUCCUAUUUGGCUCUUGCUGCUUGCAUCGGAAUCGCAUUGGCUGCAAAUGUGGAACACGAUGUGAAGAGUGCAGUCAACGAGGUGACAACUACCAAGGACGGAGACACCUACUGCCCAGUCCCAUUGGUAGGAACCAAAUGCGGAACUUCAAGCAUCUUCCACUACUGGAAGUGCUGUGGGGAUCUCAACAAAGAGUGCUACCUGGGUCUGGGUGACUCUUGCUCUCUUCGGAGUCAUUUUCAUCGCCUCCUUCGUCAUCUCCCUUGUCCGUUGCGUCUUAAAUUCGGAAGGAUCUUGAUUUUUCCCCCUGAUUCCGUUUUUCUUUCUUUCUCUUCGCCUUUUCAACCCCCGACCCCUAGUUUUAAUUUCAGAUACUCGCAAGUCCUUUAUUUUUACUAA